CUUCAGCCGGCUCGCGCGCGGAGCUCCGGGAAGGGAGGCCAGCCGGGUCCCGGCUCCGGCGGGAAGAGGAACGCAGACGGCGGGGGAGCAAGAUGGGAGCCGGGCCCCGGUAAUCCGGGCCCUGCGACCGGCCUGGAGCAACAUGUGUCUGCGCAUAGGCAGCCUGAGUUUGGGUGACUUCCGGAAGGUGCUGAUGAAGACAGGUCUAGUGCUGGUAGUGUUGGGCCAUGUGAGCUUCAUCACAGCCGCCGUGCUGCAUGGCACAAUGCUGCGCUUCGUGGCUGCCCCCAGCGAUGCUGUGGCUCUGCAGUACUGCGUGGUGGACAUCGUCUCGGUCACCUCUGCCAUUGUGGUUAUCAUAACGGGAAUUACAGCUGUUGUGUUGUCAAGAUACCUUCCUAGCACCCCCUUGCGCUGGACCGUGUUUAGCUUGAGUGUGGCCUGUGCUGUUCUCUCUCUGACCUGUGCCCUUGGACUAUUGUCUUCAAUCGCCGUGACUUUUGCCACCCAGGGCAGGGCACUACUGGCGACCUGCACUUUUGAGAGCUCUGAAUUCCUGACACUCACACCUGACUGUCCCUUUGACCCCACACGCAUUUACAGCUCCAGCUUGUGCCUCUGGGCCAUCUCUCUCAUGUUCUGUGUGGCAGAGAGUGCGUCUGCUGCGCGCUGUGCACAGCUGGUACACAGGAUGCUGGGACUGAGGCCCUGGUGGGGGAAAAGCAGCCACCACACAAUGCAAGACAGCCCGGAGCCCCUAGACAGCCACGAUCUACUGAGCUGCACCGGCUCUGUACAGCCGAUGCUCUGAAAGCUGGCAUCUCACAGAGCCAUGGCCGCUGAGACCUGCAACCAACUCUGCACUGACCAGUGCCCAGAUGGCCGUGGAGGCCCGGAUGGAUCCAGGAUUUCUGGCACAGGCUCAAGAGGGCUCAUUGGACCCUUGGGGACCUGGGAGAGGGUUUUCAAUGCCCUCCCCUGGCCACCUAGCCCACUGCACUGAAACGAGACUUUAUUCUGAAGUUAUUAAAAAGAACAGAGAUGC